GAUCUGUCAUCAUCAUCCUUCGUACAAUGCGAAAAGGGAAGUUGAAAGAAGUGGGAGAGGGACACCGCGCAGCCUUACGAAAUCUACAGAUUCAGGACCUGUCCGGAUAGUUGACGGACUGAGAGCAGACAGUCGAGUGCGGCGGAUAAACCGGUGCGGAGACAUCAUUCACAUCGCCCAGGCUGCCCUUCUUUUUCUUUGGUGUUAAUAAAAGUUGUUACACCGCAUCAGCGUUCAGGGGAAGAGACCGCACAGAGUGACAUGGCAAGUAGAGGCGGAGCCACGCGACCCAAUGGACCCAAUGCAGGCAACAAGAUCUGCCAGUUCAAGCUCGUGCUUUUAGGAGAGUCAGCGGUGGGAAAGUCAAGUCUUGUACUUCGAUUCGUCAAGGGUCAAUUUCACGAAUUCCAAGAAAGCACAAUCGGAGCUGCCUUCCUGACUCAGACAGUAUGUUUGGACGACACAACAGUCAAAUUUGAAAUCUGGGACACAGCUGGUCAGGAGCGCUACCACAGUCUGGCUCCGAUGUACUACAGAGGCGCCCAGGCAGCCAUUGUGGUCUAUGAUAUAACAAAUGAGGAGUCAUUUGUACGGGCAAAGAACUGGGUCAAAGAGCUUCAGAGACAAGCCAGUCCAAACAUUGUAAUAGCCCUGGCUGGGAACAAGGCGGACCUCGCAAGCAAGAGAGCUCUGGACUUCCAGGACGCACAGUCAUAUGCAGACGACAACAGUUUGCUUUUCAUGGAAACUUCAGCAAAGACCUCCAUGAACGUGAACGAGAUUUUCAUGGCCAUUGCAAAGAAGCUUCCGAAGAAUGAGCCGCAGCCUGCCGGAGCCAGCAGCGGGCGGAACCGGGGGGUGGACCUGACAGAGGCGGCUCAGCCCAGCAGCCGCUCCUGCUGCAGUAACUAGCCCAGCUCCUCCACUCACCUCCUCCUCCUCUCGGCUCCCACCCCUCCCAAACAACUUCUGGACGUUGGACCCGUUGAUUUCCAGGCAUCAGACCUGCUCUUGACCCUCACUUCCCUGGAAUAGCUAAAAGACUCUGUAUAGCUGCAUUUCUAAUACCUUUUUUGUUGAUGUUCUUUUGUUUUUUAACUUUUUUUAAGAAGUGUAUAUCAGUAUAACGGAUGCAUGUAUCACUACAACUCCUGAAAAAAAAGAAAAAACAAACACAUUUUUAUCUUUUACUCAGUUUAAAGACUAAACCCUUUUUAGAAAGGCAAGCAAGCGGGAAACCUGUGGACGUGUGAUUGUGCGGCGUGUGAGAACAGUGAUAAGGAGGGUUAGCUUGUCACACAAGAGGGUUGGCUGGAUGUUCCCUGUAGUAGUCUGUGUUUGGGUUCUUUUUUUGGCCAGGGGGUCCUUUUUGUUGAUUCUAGAAAACACCAAAUUGUUCCCAUGCUGGGUUGCUCGGCCUCUCAGGCUGUGACAGUUCCAGGAAAGGAUCGCUGUGAAAAGCAACAACUCUUCCCAGCAUGCAUCGGAUUUCCAGGAACAUGUUGAUUCACGUCUCCAAAGUUUCUAAGAGACAAACAUCAGUGAAACUUUAAAUUUGUUGCUCAUACUGAUAACAGACCGCAGCAUAAACAUAAAGGUUAAAUUUGUUGGCCAACUCCUUUUCCAGAGAGGCCAGUAAUCAACCUCCUCCAACCUGCAAUAGGUGAUAUCAGUUUAGAGUAAGAAACUGUCAUACGUCUGUGUUAAAAAGAGAAAAAAAAAAGCUAUACUCUAAUGUUGUUAUAGGGUGCAAUGUUCUCUUCUUCCUUCAGUUCAGCUCUAAGCUCAGCAGCUCACCUGGAAAUUUAUUUAGAGAUUCCGAACAAUUGUACAGCUCAAUAUUUUUCUGCUUCUGUUAUUCCCGCCCUUUUUUUCCUCUUCAGGCUACAUUUUCACAAAGCUGGUCAAAUGUUAAGCAGUGGUGGUCUUCUUCUAUGUAGUGUUAUUAACAAAAUCUCUCUGGUGUCUUGUCACUUUUUUUAAGUUAAUUUUUUUUUUUUCAGUUUUUUUGUUGUUUUUUUUCAGAAAAAGGUCCAUGGUUGUGUUUGAAAGGAACUUUUAUUGCAUUGCACAGUGUUGGUUAUGUUUUAAUUAUUGAUAACUGCCCUUGGAUUUUUAUAUGACGGACUGUGUUGGUUUUGCUAACUUUUGGCUGUGGGCGGGGAGCGUAUUUAACCUAACUGGUGGUCUCUCUUACAGCUCGAUGAAAUCUAAUGUUAAACAGCAUUACUAGUGAUGGGCUGAUCCAUUUUGAGUGUCUGAAUACAUCUUAAUAAAUCCUAAAAAAUC